AUGGCGCUGUCUCUUUCCCCCAUUUGCACAGCCGCUGACUGGCACGUCAAGAUUGACGGCGUCUAUGGUCAGUCUAUAGACUUUAGCACAGGCGAUGAUUCUGGCGCCACAAUGAAGGUUGAGCUAUUCGAUGUUUGUCGGGUUGAUUCCGCCUUUCGGGAAGAACUCGGAGAAAUCUACCCAGGAAACAGCGUGGAAGGCUUGGAGGCAGACACCAAUGCCAUCUCACACGAUCCUGGGUGCUGCAACAAGAUAGCCUACAGCUUUACCGAGGCAAUCAAUCAAACAAGCAUAUACACAGACAACGGAGACGGUAGAGCUUCAGUCGCGUUUUGCGCUCAAGUUGCCCUAUACGACGGGUCAACCCUAGUCAAUCUGGCUGAGGUCAGGAUCGAGUACUCCAUUGACUUGAACGAUGACAAAAGCCAUGGCGCCGUGAAUGUUGAAACAUACACAAUCACCGAUGCAGCAGGAUACACGGAUGCAUCCGACGUGGACGUUGCAUUUGACGGCAGGUUGGAGUCCUACUUUUGCGAUGCAAGCAGUUUUAAUGAGCUCCACAGCGAUGGACAUAUCACAGAGCAAGGGAGCACCUUGAGUGUUUGCUUUCGAGUGCCUGAUGGCCAGUUUGAGAUAUCCGAUGUAAUGUACUUGACGGUUAAGAAUGCAGCGGAGUCCGAACCAUAUCAGGACCUCAUAGUGGGUUCCCACAUCGUAGAAGACAGUAUCGCCCUGAAAAGUUGCUCGGAUCAUGGUCAUGACGACACAAACAUAUGUGUGGUUCAGUUCAUCUUGAAGGCUGACUUCUACGAAACAUCAGCCAUCACCUUGACAGGAUUUGGUAUGGUGAUUCUUGAACUUGGAGAUGCCCCCGCUGACAGACUGCUUGCUGCUAGCGACCUGCACACCCAUGCUGGCGACCAGGCUACCAACCCAACGACAGGUGGGACGGACGAGAAGCGGCGCCGGAUGGAGGGAGUUCUCUCCGGACAUUACGUAACGAAGCCAUUCGCCGUAAGACCUCUCAAGUUGUCCAUCUUCGACGAUCCUGAAAAACACUUCCGGACCUCAAGAACAAGCGGGGCAAACAAAGACGCCGAGGUACUUGGUGUCAACCUGACGUUCAUCAUUUUCUCGGUUGCUUGCGUUGCUGGAGUGGUUAUCAUGUUCGUGUUCUUCAGGGGCAAAAAGGAGGAGAAAGGCACCACGAGGAGCAGCGUCUUCAAGAAGAAGGACGGCGCUCAUUGCAGCAUUCAACCAGUGUCCUUGACGGAGUUCAUGGACGACUCUUCAUCACUGCGGAAAUCAUUCGAGCUGGAUUCGUCGGCCAAGUUGUCUCCACAGAAAGCUUCAGUUUCCGAUAAAGAAGUCCCUGAGCUAUUCGACGAUGAAAUGGAACAGGGAGAGCGUCCAAGCAAACCCCUUGUCGAAACAUAG